UUUUUUUUUUUUUCUCCCUCAUUGUUACCACUCAGUUUUGUCUGAUCUGCUUUUGAGCGCCACUAGACCGCAAUGGUCAUUCUGUGUUUCAACCAUCGACAGUGAUCCAGACGGACAGGCUGGGUCCACUUGACAUGUUUCAUCUUUAUGCCGUUUUAUCCAUGCUCGCUGGCGUCUUAUUCAGGUGUUCUCUUUCUUUGCUGGUUGCUUUACGGGUGUUUCUUUCAUGCGAUAUACAUGGCGAUGGAAACGUCCACGGUUCUAAUGUAAGGGAUGAUGCAGGGGCAUGUAGGCCCAUGGUUAUAUGCACAUAAGGUAUAGAGGUUCUGAUAAUACAUGGCUUUUGAGGUUUCACCUAUAGUAGCUAGAAUACAGCCCGGCUGGGGGAGGUUACAAGAAACAGAGAUCGUUUUUAAGGCAGUGCUUUGAGGAUGGCUAGAUUAGAGCCUACUACAUACAGACCGUGAGGUCAGGUGUUAGA